CAUUAUCUAUGGUUUAUUUUCUCCAAUGAGAACUAGUACUCACCACUCACACCAUCCUUUUCUUAGCUAGAUCCUAAAGUCAAUAUUCAGCAAGACAAACCGAAACAACCCAUUUCAUAUUUUCAACUUGAACUUCAUCCAUCCUGAGAUUGAUCAUUCACUAAGUUUACCCUAUACUAUAAGAUCUUUGAGAGUGAUCUUCAUCACCACAGAAAAGUAGAAAACCCACCCUUAUAUUUGUGUUCCUUUUGAAUCUAGCAGGCUCCAAUAUAUUAGGAGAUAGUACUCUGGGUGUUGAAUCCAACAUUGUUCAAGCAUAUUCCAUCUUUUUUCUCUGUUGUUUUUUGAUUUCUUUAGAUCUAUAGUUUUGUGUUGAAGUUACAAAAUGAGUGAGAAAACUAAUGAGAUUAUGCUUGGGUUAGAUCACAAGCCGUUAAUUAUGAAUGAGAUAAUCCAAGCAAGAGAAUUAGUAAAGGAGCUACAAACUCAGCUUAACCCUACUUCAUCUUCUUCUCGUAAAGUUCUUAUAACAAGGAUCUUAUCUUCCUUUGAAAAUUCCCUUUCCAUGCUAGAUCGAGUCAAGUUGGAAAAGAAAUCAACUAUGGAGUGGCCGGGUCAUGUCAGUGGAAGUCCUGUAAGCGAUUGUGAAUCGGAUCUCUAUGGAGAUGGUUCAAGAAAGAGAUGUCGGAAAAAGUUGGCGAGAUGGACCCAAAAGGUGCGAGUUUGUGAGCAGACAGGCCUGGAAGGACCCCUAGAUGAUAGAUACAGUUGGAGAAAAUAUGGACAGAAAGAUAUCAUUGAUGCCAAGUACCCUAGAGGUUAUUACAAGUGUACUUUUCAAAAAACUCAAGGUUGCUCGGCAAUGAAACAAGUGCAACGAUCCGAACUAGAUUCGUCCAUCUUCAACAUUACUUAUAUAGGAAAUCAUAGUUGUGUUGAAGGCUCGGAGUUAGUAUCACCAGGGCAAUGCUCACCAAUUAAGCAAGAAUCUAGCAACCAUAUUAUUAAUCAACCAAGGGAGAAAAAAUCAGCAGAAGUGACAUUUAUAAGCUUCCAAACGUCUAGUUACCGUCAAGUUGUGAAAGAGGAGGAAGAUUUUGGCAAUCUUAGAGAACUCGAUUCUUUUCCUUCUUUCUCUUCCCCAUCUUUGAAAGUUGAGAACCGUUUGUUAGAAACUACUAGUACUAAUUCUUCUCCUACAUAUAUAAGUACCCCGACAACUGCAGAAUCGAACUACAAUCUUGAAGGUAGAAGUGGUGAACAGAACAUAUUCCAAAAUACUGCUGAUUCUCAUGACUCUAAAAUUGAUGAAAUGACCGUUUCGUCACCAGAAGCCCAUCCAAUAUCCGUUGCAAAUGAUUCUCCCACGACUCUAGACUCAUGUUGGAAUUGGGAUUUCUUAGUACAUUAUGGCCCUCCACAUUUCCUAUGAUAUUGAUCCUCUUCCUGUCUUACUUUUUAAUUAUGUGCAUUAUCAGUAGUAUAUUAGUAUAACUGCUGAUAUAUAUUGCGAGUUUGAGCCGUCACAUUUAAGAUUUGUGGCUGUAGUUACUUCGGAAUCUUGUUGAUUUCAUAUCGUUUGUAAUUCGUGUUAUUAUCAAUCAAAAGUGUGAUUAAUUUGUUGUUGACAAUGCAUA